CUAUAGCUGACGGUCGAAGAUAACCGCAUCGCGGUUACAUCGCACAAUUGAGAUACCGUUUCGUGAUUUAAGUUUGCAAGUUGCCCAUACAUCAUUCCCAAGUUACCUUCAAUUUGCAUCUGAAAUUUUUAGACAGUGCGCGUUUCAAGCCAAUAACAUCCAGCUUCCUCAUUUGUCGAAUCGUUCUCCAACAACGAAACCACUUUAUCUUCAUAGUGUGCUCCAACAGGCAAAAUCUUAAUGACAGCCAAAUUGCCGUAAAAUGGUUCUGGAAUUAACACAACGUUGCUAAUGAAGCGACAGGAAGCUACGUGAAUUCUCAAAUGAAGUGAAAUUUCAAAUAUUUUAUCAUUAAGGAAGACACAACACCCAAUACAGUGAUAGUGAAAACAAGUACCUUAUAUCACGGGGUUUGUGCAGAAAAUGCAAUUAAUUUAGUGAGUGUAUCAGAAAGUGUUGAUUUUUGAAAACCCCGGAAAAUGUCCUACGGAUACAGUAGUGGCCGAACGGCCAGCCAGUCUUCAAUCUAUGACUAUCCGGAACAUCUGAAUCCCUUCUAUGAGGACGAAAACCACAAACGGCUCCGGUUUUGGCAGUUUAACCGGAGUUCAAGCGGAUCGGGGCGCCGGGGCAGUCUGGUCAGCCUCAAAGAUAACAUCCGAGACAUGUGGGAAUUCAAAACAUUUCGAUUGAAGAAAAAACGAGCUUCGUCGUUGGGCAUCAAUCAAACCUCCGAGAGUCCACCGCCAUUGCGCCGGGAAAAUGCCGACAGCUACUACAACACCGUAAGCUCGACUUCAACAGGCUACCGUAGCACCGUGGGUCCAGGCUAUACUCAAUCCAACACGACAACGCCACAGUUUCAACGGAACACACGGUACCGCAGCUCCCUGCAGGAUCAAACUAAGGAGAAUGGCAUUGGAUUCAACAGGAACGAUCGCUACCGCAACACCAUCCAAAAUGGCUUCGCGACUUAUAGUGGAGGCAGCAUGGUCACCUCAACACCUCGCUCAAAGUACAGCACCAAUAGCCGCGGGAUGACCGCUGGUGUUUCACAAACUAGUCUCAAGAGCUCCAACCCCUUCGAGGACGAUGAUCUCGGGGACUGCGUAUCGUUAAACGAUAGUUCACUUAGUGCAGGAAAUGGGUCGAUUCGCACUAGUAUGCGAACCCGGAAGAAGCGACGAGCACCACCUCCGCCUCCAGUGCGUCACCAUGUGCCCAAUCAACCGAACGGACCAUCUGAAGAAGCCCUCCUCAGCACGAGGUUGAAAAUAGAGGAAUCACCACCUCCAGAGAAUGCAGAAGAUGUCCAACAACUUUCUAAUCUCACCGCGGAGAUAGAAUCGUUCGUGCGAACAACAUCAGAUGAAGACACCAACGACAAACAAAACGUUUCAGCUGAAACAGCAACAUCAAGUGAUACUAAUAAUAAUAAACUGACGGAAACAAAGCUGGUUAUUGUCGAAAACGUUUCUCAAACAGAGAAACCACCCGAAGAACCAAAACCAGAAAUAAGCGAAAAAGUGGAAGAAAAACAAGCAAUAGCACCAACCGAAAGCACUACAAUCCCAGAACCUGUGGAGUCACUGUCGAAGAUCGAGGAGUUGAAGAUCAUCGAAGAACCCAAAAACAGUGUACCAAAUCCUCCGCCACGUGCUGUACAACCUGUACCCCCUGUUCCAAGAACACCGCCAAUCGUAGUUGACGUCGACUUCGAGAACCUUUCUCUGCCGGAAACUCCGAUUCCCGCACGACGUAACAACCGCAACAAAACUCUCAGCAAGCAAUCCAAUGCCAACACUUCGCUUCGUAUAACCGAGGACUGUGAUAACUCGUUAGUUACCACCGAGACCUCUAUUAUCGAAAAACCGAGAGCACCUAAGGAGGAGGAGGAGAACAUGAAUACGAAGUCAGUUAAACCUAUCGACUACGAAUAUCAAUACAAAGUCGAACCCAUCAAGACGCAAAUCGAUGAAAAGAUCGUAACGGCUAGGUUGAAAAUCAACGAAUCAACUCAAUCAACCGAGGGCUUAAAUACGAAAACAGAUGCCGAAGAUUCACGCCGGUCCGUCAGGGAUAUCAUCAACUCGAUCAACAAAAGUCAAAGUCUGCUCAAAGUGAACUACGAAACGUCCGCUGGAAUGCACUCCAGCCAAUCGAACGACAGCGUCAAUCGGAACAUACGGGAACUGAACGAACGGGAGAAAGAAAUCCAGAACAUGCUGCGUGAAAUCGAUUCCCGUUACGGUGAUCGUGGUCAACCGAGCUCAUCGGUCAGCGAUUUUGGCCAGACGAAACGAGGUUCGUACUAUGACAACGUUCCAGAUGGGGAUGAUAAUAUGAACAACUUGAUGAGCAAAGGGAACUUUCGGGUCAAGAAAAGCCCCACCAAAUCGUUGGGAAUGGACAACAACGGAGACGAAGUGGCACAGUUCCAGGAUUGUCACGAUUGGAAUCCUCUACCUAAGCCACGCCGAAGUGUGAAUGGGGUCCAGCAGAUGGCCGGAAAUGGAAGUGUUUUGAAAACGAUCGAUCAAAACAAUAACGGCGAUCCGGUGCAAUCCAAGUGAAUUGAUGCUUACCAUGUAUAGGGUUAGGUUGUAUUUAUUUUGAAUGUGAACUAAAGCUUAAACUACAGAUUAAAGCAGAAUAAAAUUGUAAAUCCUAUCAAUUUUUAGCUAGUUGCUAUGUAGAUUUUAACCACCAUAUAAUUUGUAAAUUAUAAAUGUUUCUUAUGGAAUAAAGUUAAAAAAAAAUUAUUAAA